AUGGGGACGGAGAGCCCCCUGGAGCUCGUGCGCUUCGAGGCGCAGUCCAACAAGUUCGUGGUGGGCCGGCCGGCGCUGGACGCCCUGAGGGCGGUGCGGGGCCCCGUGGGCGUGGUGGCGGUGUGCGGGCGGGCCAGGCAGGGCAAGUCAUACAUUCUGAACCAGCUGCUGGGCCGCACGUCAGGCUUCAAGGUGUCGCCCACGCAGCGGCCGUGCACGAAGGGCAUCUGGAUGUGGUCCAAGCCGAUACAGAGGAGGGCGCCCGACGGGAGCGUGUACCACCUGAUCCUGCUGGACUCGGAGGGCAUUGAUGCAUAUGACCAGACAGGACAUUACAGCACUCAAAUAUUUUCAUUGGCAGUCCUCCUUUCCAGCCUCUUUGUGUACAAUCAUAUGGGUGGGAUUGACGAGGCAGCCCUUGACAAGCUGUCGCUUGUGACAGAGAUGACCAAUCUCAUCAGAGUCCGAUCACAAGCCUCAAGCGACAGAGAUAUUGGAGGCUUCACUCCUGCUUUUUUGUGGCUGUUGCGUGAUUUCUAUCUUGAUCUUGAGGAAGAUGGUCGGAAGAUCUCACCAAAAGACUAUUUGGAGCAAGCGCUGCUGCCAGCAACAGGUUCUGGGCCUGCUGUUGAAAUGAAGAACAAGAUUCGGAGAUCAAUAAAAACGUUGUUCCCACAAAGGGAUUGUUGCGCACUGGUGAGGCCAGUCAGUGAUGAACAGCAGCUCAAGAAUCUGGAGAAUGUACCUCAGUCACAACUCAGGCCAGAGUUCACAAGGGAGCUUAGAAGGCUGAUGGAUGUUAUAUUUUCCCGUGCUGUGCCCAAGCGUGUUGGUCAGCAAGUCAUUACGGGCCCUGCAUUGGCUGGCUUGACAGAAGCAUAUGUGAGGGCGAUCAACAAUGGGGCGGUGCCAACAAUCGUUACUGCUUGGCAGGCUGUUGCAGACGGUGAGUGCCACAGGGCAAGGGACCUUGCUGAGGCACACUACAGGAAAGCUUUCAAUAGCAAUGUGCCACCUGAAGAAAUUGAGAUGGCUGCUGAGCAUGAGAGAGCAUUGGCUGAGGCAAGGAAAGUUUUCAAUGAACACGCUGUUGGCGAUGAAGAUAUCAGGAGUGCCCAUGAGGCUCGGUUUGAGGAAAAUGUUAAGUCUUGGUUUUCCAAUUUUCGUGAUAAGAAAAUUGCUGAGGCCAAGGCUGCGAUCGACCGGAUGCUGUGCGAGGCUUCCACACACUUUCAAAAGCUUGCAGGCAGUGGACACAUGGAUGCAAGCAAAUUCCGUUCACAGGUGAAGGCCUUCAUGCAAGAUUAUGCAUCCAGGACAAGCGGGACUACGAAAUGGCGCAGAAUGGCUGAUUUCGUUUUGGACUGUUAUGCUUCAUUUGCAACCGAUCUGGAACAGAGGCUCAAGGCACAGCUUACAGAGAAAAAUAGAGCAGAGGAGAGAGCUGCAGAUCGGUUGUCGAAAAUGGAGCAAAGCGCCAAGGUGGCACAGGAGAAGCUGGAGGAGCUGAAGCAGCAGGGUUCACAAUAUUGCAGUGAGAGAGACCAAAUGAAGCUGAAUGCAGAGGAAUUGCAACGCCAGCUGUCUGACCUGCGGGCGAAGUCUGCAUCUGUAUCUAGUGCACAGGAGCAGGCACAGCAGGAAGCCAGAAACCUGAGGGAGCAGGUGUCUAGAAAGGACCACGAGCUGCAGGCACUGCACGCUGAUUUGGGCACUGUGAAGCAGGAAAGCAGCACCCUUAAAUUGAGAGCACAAGAAUUAACCCUGCAACUGGAUGGGAUGAGGACCAAAAUGGACAGCAGGGAACAAACAACAGCAGAAAUGCGCAGGAAGCUCGAUUGUGUGGAGAGGGAGCUGUCUGUUGCGAAAGAUGACCUCAGGAAAAGGGAGUCAGACAUGUUGAGUCAGGCCAGCCAGCAGGCCUCUGAGGUAUCAUCUGCCAUGCGAGAGGUUGCACAAUUGACGGGGGAACGAGACCAGGCAGUGGAACGGGCAACUAGUCUGGAGCAGGAACUGCAGACAAUGCGUUUGACAAAGGAAAUGUCUGAACAUGAGCGACAGGCAGCUGCAGGCCAGCUUGCGCAAGCCAGUCAAGAACUUGAAAAUCGCAGGGAGGAGACAAUGAGACUACAGAGGCAAGCAGUGAUGCUGGAUGAGUCGCUGUCACAGGAGCGCAGCUUGCGUGAAUCUGCUCAGGAUGAGGUGCUUCACCUAAAAGAAUUGGUGAGGAAGCUGGAGGCUGAGGCGUCCACCGGAGCAGUUCCAGAAGAAGCCCUUGCAUCACCACAGCUCGGCAAGAGGCGUAGGCAUCCUACAGUAUCUGCCAAUGGAGAGGAUGCACAUGGGUUGCCAGUGGCAGAUGAGCUCGCCUCCCCACACACGUCUCAGGCAGCUGAGGAUGGGGAUGAGAAUUUAACCCCAGGAACAAUGACGGUCAAGAAAAUCAAAGAGUGGUUGCUGAAGAGGGGGCACGGUGGAGACAUUUGGGAUCUAGAAAAGCAGAGGCCAGGCCCGAAGAAGGCUGACUGGCUGCAGCUUAUGGACAAAGUUAGGAAAGGGAGUGGCAGCACAUAG